AUGCCCUCCACUACGAAGCGCCUGGGAGCCGAUCCCUCCUCCACUACCACUACCACUACCGCCGCUCGCGAUCUCGAUCGGCGCGAACACUCCCCCACUGAUGACGACCAUCUCCAACACACCGCUACCUCCACCACUGGCCGUGAAGAAGAUGAGGAUGACGACGAUGACUACACAUCCUCGUCUGGGUCUAGCGAUAGCGACAGCGACAGCGACGAUGAUGAGGAAGAAGAAGAAGAGCAAGUAAACCAGAAGGAGACUACGAAAUCAGAAUCUACACCCACCACAACUGCCUCAGACGAUAUCCCGCGCAUUCGUGCUAUACCUAAACCGCGCAUCCACCGCAUCAAUAAAAACCCGGACUUGCUGUCCCGGCUAUCGGCUUUCCUGCCGCAGAUGAAAUCUGCGAAUGAGAAGCUCGAGCAGGAGAUUGCGGCGGGAAGGGGCAAGGAUGUGCGAUUGGAAUUGGAUGGGGAUGAUGAUGAUGAGGAUAUGGAAGGGAGGCGGUAUAUUGAAAUGAAUCUGGGACUAGGUGUUCUAGAAGAGAAGCGGCCGGGAGAUGAUGACGAAGAGGAUAAUGUCGAGUCAAAGGGUGACCAGAACAAUCAACAUGUCCUGCCUGAGAGGCCGAAGUCUGGAAAAGACUCGAAUGUCCUGGAUACUCUGAUGGGGAAUGCGGAUUCUUCAGCGGAGAAGAAGCCGACGAUCGAGGAGAUAUAG